AUGACUUUCCAUACGAGAAAUAUGCAGAUCUUUGUAAAGACUCUGACGGGUAAAACCAUAACCCUCGAGGUCGAAGCCUCUGAUACUAUUGAAAAUGUAAAAGCAAAAAUCCAAGAUAAAGAGGGUAUCCCACCAGAUCAACAAAGAUUAAUCUUUGCUGGAAAACAACUUGAAGACGGGCUUGAAGCUUCAGAUACGAUAGAAAAUGUUAAGGCGAAAAUUCAAGAUAAGGAAGGAAUUCCUCCAGAUCAACAAAGGUUAAUCUUCGCUGGAAAACAAUUAGAAGAUGGUCGUACACUUUCUGAUUAUAAUAUUCAAAAAGAAUCUACUCUUCAUUUAGUACUCAGGCUUCGUGGUGGUAGUAUGAUGAUGAACAUUUAA